AUGGAGCUCUCAGAGGUGCGGUGCCUGAGCGACAGCGAUGAACUUUACACCAUCAACAGGACCCCUCCAGGCAGUGGCAGACCCCAGCGCCUGCUGUGGCAGACGGCCGUGCGCCACAUCACCGAGCAGCGCUUCAUUCAGGAGCACAGCAGCAGCAGCGGCGGCAGCAGCAGCGGUGGGGGCAAGGGCUUCAGCUCCGAGGAGACCUUCUACCCCAACCACCUCCCCCACCCGCCGCACCACCACCUCCGCCGGCAGUCGGCCGGCCGCAGUUUAGGCGGCGAACGCCACAACAACGGAGGCACAAAAGUCUUCCCGGAGGGCACGAGCAGCAGCGGGGACCUGGGGUUUCUGCCCCUGGACUGUGCCCCCAGCAACUCCGACUUCUUCCUCAACUGGGGCUAUACUUACCGCGGGGUGAUCUUCCCCACUCUCCGCAACUCCUUCAAGUCUCGGGACUUGGAGCGCCUUUACCAGCGCUACUUCUUGGGCCAGCGGCGCAAAUCUGAGGUGGUCGUGAACAUCUUGGAUGUGCUGACCAAGCUGACCCUGCUGUUCCUCCACCUGACCCUGGCUUCUGCUCCCAUGGACCCCAUUAAGGGCAUCCUCUUGGGCUUCUUCACAGGCAUUGAGGUGGUGAUCUGUGCCUUAGUGGUGGUCAGGAAGGACACAACCUCGUACACCUACCUUCAGUACAGCGGUGUGGUCACUUGGGUGGCCAUGGCCACACAGAUCCUGGCAGCUGGCCUGGGCUUUGGCCUCCUUGGGGACAGCAUUGGCUAUGUGCUCUUCACGCUUUUUGCAACUUACAGCAUGCUCCCACUGCCACUCACCUGGGCCAUCCUGGCUGGGCUGGUCACCUCUGUCUUGCAGCUCGUCAUGCAGUUGGUUAUCCCCAGGCUGGCUGUGACUUCCCUCAACCAGAUAGCAGCUCAGGCAGUGUUGUUUAUGUGUAUGAACACUGCAGGAAUCUUCAUUAGCUACCUAUCAGACCGAGCACAACGUCAAGCCUUCCUGGAGACCAGAAGAUGUGUAGAAGCCAGACUGAGACUAGAGACAGAGAAUCAACGACAGGAGCGGUUGGUGCUGUCUGUCUUACCACGGUUUGUAGUCCUGGAAAUGAUAAAUGAUAUGACCAAUGUAGAAGAUGAACAUUUGCAACACCAAUUUCAUAAGAUCUACAUUCAUCGUUAUGAGAAUGUGAGUAUUCUUUUUGCAGAUGUUAAAGGAUUCACCAACCUCUCCACAACUCUGUCAGCCCAAGAGUUGGUCCGAAUGCUGAAUGAACUCUUUGCCAGAUUUGAUCGACUAGCACAUGAGCAUCAUUGUCUCAGAAUAAAGAUCCUGGGGGACUGCUACUACUGUGUGUCAGGGCUUCCAGAACCCCGGCAGGACCAUGCCCACUGCUGUGUUGAAAUGGGGCUCAGCAUGAUCAAAACUAUUAGAUAUGUUAGGUCAAGAACAAAGCAUGAUAUUGACAUGAGAAUAGGGAUACAUUCGGGAUCAGUUCUGUGCGGAGUGCUGGGCCUGCGAAAGUGGCAGUUUGAUGUCUGGUCCUGGGACGUGGAUAUUGCAAACAAACUUGAGUCAGGUGGAAUUCCUGGGAGAAUUCACAUCUCCAAAGCCACUCUGGACUGCCUGAAUGGGGAUUAUAAAGUUGAAGAAGGGCAUGGUAAAGAACGUAAUGAAUUCUUGAGGAAACAUAACAUUGAGACUUAUUUAAUUAAACAACCUGAGGAGAGUCUAUUGACUUUGCCUGAAGAUAUUGUGAAAGAGGCUGUCAGCUCCUCCGACAGGAGAAACAGUGGAGCAACAUUUACUGAAGGAUCCUGGAGCCCUGAACUUCCAUUUGAUAACAUAGUGGGAAAACAGAACACUCUGGCUGCCCUAACAAGAAAUUCAAUAAAUCUGCUUCCAAACCAUCUUGCACAAGCUUUGCAUGUCCAGUCUGGGCCUGAGGAAAUUAACAAGCGAAUAGAGCACACCAUCGACUUACGGAGUGGCGAUAAAUUGAGAAGAGAGCAUAUCAAGCCUUUUUCACUGAUGUUUAAAGACUCCAGCCUGGAGCAUAAGUACUCUCAAAUGCGGGAUGAAGUGUUCAAAUCAAACUUGGUGUGUGCAUUUAUUGUUCUUGUAUUUAUCACCGCUAUCCAAAGCUUACUUCCUUCUUCCAGGGUGAUACCAAUGGUCGUUCAGUUUUCUAUUCUGAUUAUGCUGCACUCCGCUCUCGUGUUAAUCACCACGGCAGAGGAUUACAAAUGUUUACCCUUAAUGCUUCGGAAAACUUGCUGCUGGAUUAAUGAGACCUACCUGGCCAGGAAUGUCAUUAUAUUUGCAUCCAUUCUGAUUAAUUUUCUUGGAGCCAUCAUCAAUAUUCUCUGGUGUGAUUUUGACAGACCAGUAGCCCUGAAGAACCAGACAUUCAAUUCAUCUGCAUCUUUUACAGACAUCUGUUCCUAUCCUGAGUAUUUUGUCUUCACUGGUGUACUGGCAAUGGUGACUUGUGCAGUCUUUCUUCGUCUCAACUCCGUCCUGAAGCUGGCAGUGCUUCUCAUCAUGAUUGCAAUCUAUUCUCUGCUGACUGAGACCAUCUAUGCUUCCCUUUUUCUGCAAUAUGACAGCUUUAACCAUAAUGGAGAGUAAGUCACAGACUUCCUGGGUACAAAGGAAGCAUCUUUACUACUGAUGGCAAUCUUCCUUUUAGCUGUUUUUUAUCAUGGCCAACAGCUUGAAUACACAGCAAGGCUGGAUUUUCUGUGGCGUGUUCAAGCAAAAGAAGAAAUCAAUGAAAUGAAGGAGCUAAGAGAGCACAAUGAAAAUAUGUUACGGAAUAUUUUGCCCAGUCACGUUGCCCGUCACUUUCUGGAGAAGGAUCGGGAUAAUGAAGAAUUAUACUCUCAGUCCUAUGAUGCUGUUGGUGUGAUGUUUGCUUCUAUUCCUGGAUUUGCUGACUUCUAUUCCCAGACUGAGAUGAAUAACCAAGGAGUAGAAUGUCUGCGGUUGCUGAAUGAAAUCAUUGCAGACUUCGAUGAGUUACUAGGUGAAGAGAGAUUUCAAGAUAUUGAAAAAAUUAAAACAAUUGGCAGCACAUACAUGGCCGUGUCAGGAUUAUCACCUGAAAAACAGCAAUGUGAAGACAAAUGGGGGCAUUUGUGUGCUCUGGCCGACUUCUCCAUAGCUUUGAAUGAAAGCAUACAGGAGAUCAACAAGCAUUCAUUUAACAACUUUGAGCUCCGUAUUGGGAUUAGCCAUGGCUCCGUUGUAGCAGGAGUUAUCGGUGCUAAGAAACCCCAAUAUGAUAUCUGGGGCAAAACAGUUAAUUUAGCAAGUCGAAUGGACAGCACAGGUGUUAGUGACAGAAUACAAGUGCCUGAAGAAACGUAUCUGAUCCUGAAGGACCGGGGAUUUGCCUUCGACUACCGAGGAGAGAUUUACGUCAAAGGUAUCAGUGAACAGGAAGGAAAAAUCAAAACAUAUUUUCUUCUAGGAAGAGUCCAACCAAAUCCUUUAAUCUUGCAACCAAGAAAACUGACUGGACAGUAUUCGUUAGCAGCUGUUGUAUUAGGACUUGUACAGUCUCUUAACAGGCAAAAACAGAAGCAAAUCCUUAAUGAGAACAAUAAUUCUGGAAUCAUGAAAGGACAUUAUAACCGGAGGACUUUGCUCACUCCUGGUGGAUCUGAGGCAGCAGCCCAGGCAGAGGGGGCUGACAAAACUGAAUUGCCAUAA